AUGACAAUGGAAGAGCAUGCUAAUAUUAAACUCCCUAAAUCUGAUAGGAAAUAUCUCUUACAGUUGAAAGACUAGGAUUACUUAAAACUCUACUAAAUGAAGAAUCCGAUGCAUGAUUAAGAUAGAGAAAAGGUAAACUUACAUGCUCUGGAUCUAAGAAAUCUUGGUCAGAUUCCAGAAGAAACUUACUAAGAUUAUUAUAAUCGCUUUGAAAGUGAUAUUUUUAAGGGUUCUCAGAACAAGUUAAAGCUAAAAGAAGAAAAAAUGCGACUAAAUUUAUUGAAUAUUAGCACUAGAAUGGAUCAGAUUUAGAAAUAAAAGAUUGUUUAAGGAAGUGGAAUGAAGAGGAUUUUUUCAGAUGAUGGAAACACUAUUUAAAUGAAUAGAACUCAAGAAUUAAUUCCCAAGGCAGAUUUAUAAGAUUUAAGAGUAAAGUAAAAAUACUCUCUAUAUAAAUUAGCAUUGAAGGGUGCUAAGUAAGUAGAAGAUAAUUGA